GUCAUAUUUGAAACUAAACACUUAUUUUUCAAUCCUUCCCGACUUUUAGAUGAACAAGAAGUCCUACACAAUCUAUUGUUUGUCAAUUGGACCUGGUGUCUUAAUGUAUUGCCGAUCUUGUGGAGAAAUCCAUUCCUCUUAUGUCAACAACCAGAGAAUCGAGUCAAGCUAGUGAAUACAUUUGUCUCUUGUCUCUCUGAUCACGACAAAGCAUUUCUCACAAGUCGUAAUCCGGACAUUGAGAUUCGACCCGAACCAGUUACGAAAUACGCCAACUACAUUAACGUUCUCGAGGAAAAGAACAUCAUCGAAUCAGUGAAUAGUUGGUAUGAGCAAUUGCCAAAACACUCCAAAAAGGAAAAGAAAGCUGUUUCGGGAACAGAAGCGACGGUGGUCAGUGCAAUAUUAUUUAAGAUGUUUGUCGAACGCAGUAAACAUAUCAAAUGGUUCAAUCUUGAUUGUGAUUUGAUCAAUGCUAAAUGGUAUGACGGGACAAUCGUUCAUCAAGACUACAUGGCAGAUAAAAUUUUGAAAUCGGUCGCAAUGCAUCAACAAAGUCUUGAACGACUCGCGAUUGUAUUCAACAGUGGAGGUACACCAGCUGAUACAACUGAACUCGCGAAAUUGGUGGUCGAAUGCAUCAAAGUCCAAGGAAGAUUCUUACGAGAUUUUGUUAUUGAGAAUGCGGGUGGUGAGGAAUUUGCAGAAAUGCAUUAUGCACUAAAACCUCGUGUCAACUCAUUAAAACGUGUUGGAUACACACAAUGCGAUUUCGCCAAAUUCCCAUGGACUGUUGGAAUAGAGAUCCUGUCGCAGGUUGAAGAAUUAUACUUAAUCGCUUGUACAAACCUUCGUGAUAGUCAAUUGAAACAACUAGAAGGUCCGAUGGAGAAACCAUUCCCUGAGUUUUAUUAUUAUGUCAAAAAAGGCCUUGAAUAA